AUGAACGAGAGCUUGCCGGAGCGGUUCAAAACCGCGAGACGCGGCCCACAAACAGGCCGCAUGCAUGCGGAAGUGGUCUUCUUACCACCAAAGCUCAAUCCUCGAGUGCGCAGCUACUAUGAACAAUCGCCAGCAGCCGGAGGUAAUUGGCUACUGCGGUCAGAGAUUCCUGGAUCCGCGGAGAUUAUGGAUCGUGAAGAAACGAGCAACUCCUCCUCCGACGUUGUCGAACUCCCGGCGAACAAGCCGCUCGGUCCGUUCGCAUCCAAGGAGGACUACCUUCACACACACUACGAGCUGUUGCGAGAGGACUCACUUCGGCCUCUACGCGAGGCAGUUACUGCAGUGAGGGAUAAGCCGAAGGCGCACGAGGAUGAGCACGAUGGCAAAAUCGGCAUCUACGAGAAGGUUCAUGUCUGUGGCAUUACCUUGGCUACUAAGGGCGUUGCCUCUCGCAUCACAUUCAGUCUGCUUCGUACUGGUAAACAGAUCGCCUGGGAGCAAUCGAAACGCCUUAUCACUGGCAGCUUGGUUGUACUCACUCCAGCGAAAGACAUGUUCCAACAGAAGGCCAUCGUCGCCGUCGUUGCAGCACGUCCCAUCGUAGGACUUGAGCAGAAUCCGCCCGAGAUUGACAUUACCUUCCUCUCUGAAGACAUCGAGGUUGAUCCAUCUGCUGAAUUCGUUAUGGUCGAAGAUCGUGGCGGGCUGUACGAAGCAAAUCGGCACACUCUACUAGCCCUCCAACACAUGAUGACAGAGCCCUUCCCGCUGGCCGAACACCUUGUCUCGAUUCAACGCAACGUUGCUCCGCCAGAAGAUGUACUGAAGUCACCAAAGACCGAUCUGAGCAGUGUCAUUGUCAACUCAAACUCCAACAACCAGACCUACGAGAACUUCAACAUUCUCCAGCCGUGGCCGAUGCAACUUCAGAGUGCGCUUGAUGAGUCGCAGCUCUCUGCACUACGUCAGAUCCUGACCAAGCGCUUGGCUGUUGUCCAAGGUCCGCCAGGAACAGGCAAGACGCAUGUGAGCGUAGAGGCAAUCAAAGUUAUGCUCGCCAAUCGCAAAGACGAGGAUCCUCCCAUUGUCAUUGCCUGCCAAACCAACCACGCCAUCGAUCAGAUGCUACGUCACAUCCUCAAGUUCGAAGAGGACGUUGUGCGGCUUGGCGGACAGAGCAAGGACCCGAGAGUCAAAAAGCGAACCCUGUAUGAAGUGAGGAUGACAACUUCAGAAAAUCCUCCUGCGGGUUGCCUCUUGGGCGGGGCGAAGUUAAAGAUGAAGAGGAUGAGCAAGGACCUGACAGUCCUUUUGACGCCUCUUCAGCCUGACAAGAAGCCACUAAACCAUCGCACACUCGAAGGACUUAAGCUUCUUUCCCAAGCUCAGGCCGACUCUCUCGAAUCAGGCGCCUCGGCUUGGGUGCAAGAGAAACUGUCCAAUCCGAACGACGCACGCUCGCCAUUCAUCGUCUGGCUUAACGACAAGCUAGUCCCAGUGCCAAUGAGACAACUUCCAGAGAACUUUGGCUUCGAUAUGGAAGACACUGAUCUGGAAUUCGAACAGUUGAAAGAGGCCGAGGCCGAGAACGCCGUCAAGGACGACGACGACAUUGAAACCCUCAACGGGGACUAUCUUCCUCUCGCAGACAACUUCACCUGCCGAAAGGUUCCUGGAGCUGGAGAGGAUGACAAAGCCAAGGAAGCUCUGAAGAAGCAAGACAUGUGGAAGAUUCCCGAGGCUAGUCGUGGUGCUGUCUACCGCUAUCUCCAGCGAGAGCUCAAGCAGAACAUCACUCUUGCCGUCCGUACCAAGGCAAAGGAGUACAACACGGAGGCGAAAAAACGCCAGAUUGGUGGCUGGGAGCGCGACGAGCCCAUUUUGAAGAGGCAGAAGAUCAUUGGAAUGACCACCACUGGAUUAAGCAAGUAUCGUGGCCUCAUCGCCGCGUUAGGUGUCAAGACCAUACUCAUUGAGGAGGCAGCCGAGACUUUGGAGGCUCCAGUCACCGUCGCUUGCAUUCCUUCGAUCCAGCAGCUCAUCCUCGUUGGUGACCACCUACAGCUCCGCCCUCACUGCCAUGUCAGAUCACACGAGGAUGAGCCAUGGAACCUCAACAUAUCUUUGUUUGAGCGAUUGGUUCAGAACAAUGUGGAGUACAAGACACUCACCCGGCAGCGACGCAUGAUUCCAGAGAUCCGCCGCCUUCUCUAUCCAAUCUACAAGAGCAUUAUCCAGGACCAUCCAUCUGUGACCAAUCCACAAGAUAGACCCAACGUCCCUGGCAUGGGUGGGGUCAACUCAUUCUUCUACACGCACAGUUGGGACGAACAACGCGACGAUCUCAUGAGCACUGUCAACCCGAUGGAGGCUGAUAUGAUUGUUGGUUUCGUGGAGUAUCUUGUGUACAACGGCGUGAGCACUGACGACAUUACCGUCCUUACUUUCUACAAUGGACAACGCAAGCGUAUUCUGUCCAACCUUCGCCGCACAAUUAGCAUGGGAGGUCGGAGAUUCAACGUUAUUACCGUCGACUCUUAUCAGGGAGAGGAGAACAAAGUCGUGAUUCUCAGUCUCGCUCGUUGCAACAAAAACAAGAAGAUUGGCUUUCUCGAUGUUGAGAACCGGAUUUGCGUGGCACUCUCUCGCGCACAGUGCGGGCUCUACAUUUUCGGCGACGGCAAGCUGCUCUACGACGUUGAGGGCGACUACAAGAGUACCAAGGUCAAUGGCAUCAAACACAAAGCCAAAAAGCAAAUAUGGAGUCAAGUUUUGCAAAUCAUGUCAGCCCAGAAGGGUAAGAAAGAGGAAGUCCCGGCGGUGCGGCCAGCACGCUUAGGCAUCCACCUCCCUCUUUGCUGCUCGAAACACAACAURGUCACGGAGGUCAGCCAGCCCGAGCAUUUUCAGGACCUCUUCGGCGGCUGUAAGAAACUCUGCAACGACAGACUCGCUUGUGGCCACCCUUGUCCGCUUCCAUGUCACCCGAUUCCUCACAACCUGGUGAAUUGCAGUGUGUGUCCGAAGAUGGCUCCACCUACAAGCCACUGUCUCAGAGACACAUCCCAGGUCCAAGAUGGCAGAAUUGUAGCUCACUCGCAAGACUCUUCAGCCUCCCGUUCUUACGGCUCGAACGCAGACUCUUGGAAUCUCUACUCCACCCAGGAGUCCACACGUGUCGCUCAGGCAAAGAGCGACUAUGUGCCACUUUCYCAGCGCUCCGGUACAGAUGUGGACAGUGCUUUCGCCAGUAUGCCAACGGUCGAGCAUCACGUGCCCGCGCUUCUGAUCGAGACGCCCACCGCUCACAAAGAUGAGGCUGAGGAGAAGCUGAUCGAUUUUGACGAUUGA